AUGUUUUUUUCACCAACUAUUAGAGAUCUUUCUACUACCAAUAAUGAUGUAUAUAUUUUAUGCGUUACAACUGGUGAUUAUUAUGGAAAAGGAAGAGAAAGAAAAAAGGAAUUGGUUAAUGCUGUUGAGAAGUUAGGUGUUAAAAAAGGAAAUGUUUUAAUAAUGGAUUUGACAAAUUAUAAAGAUGGUCCUGAAAGUUGGGAGGAAGAAAAAUUAUCAAAACAUAUUUUAGAUCAUGUAGAAAAACUUGAUAUUAAUAUUGUACUAACAUUUGAUGAAUAUGGGGUAUCAGGACAUAUCAAUCAUAUAGGGUGUUUUAAAUCAAUACAAUAUCUUUACAGUAAUGGUCUUCUUCCAACUGAUGUUGAGGUAUUUGUUCUUGAAAGUAUUUCAAUUUUAAGAAAAUAUAUCUCUUUUUGGGAUUUGAUUUUAUCACGCUCCCGUUCACGAUAUAUUUAUAUAUCAAAUUUUAGAAAUGUCUUGUCAGCUUACUCAGCAAUGCGGGAACACAAAACACAAUUAAUUUGGUUUAGAUAUUUAUAUAUGAUUUUUUCAAGAUAUAUUUUUAUUAAUACUUUCAAAAGAAUUCAUAUGAAGAAAGCAUUUUGA